GCGCUAGCUUCACAAAAGGACGCGGUACUGGACUGGACUGCUGCCUCCCUAGCUGCCUUCUUCUCCUCCCCUCUCCUCCCCUCUCAACUGCCGAAAUCUUGCCGAGCUUUCUUGAUUCAUCGUCAUCCGCGGUUCACACUGCGUCUCCGCCUCUUCCGUUCUUCUUCGCCUACAAAAGGUUUCCUCCCCGGGAGGGCGCACACGGUCCGCGUGCGUGCGUGCGUGCGGCGCUUUCCUUUCCUUCCUCGCGCGGCGCAAGAAAGCGGCCGUCUUGUCGGCCGCGACGGAGCUGAGCCUGAGCUCUGGGUGUGAGGUCGAGGCACGGGAGGCAAGAAAUGAACUGCCUUGGUUGGCUCAAGAAGAGGAGGUCCAAGAGCAAGGGGUCGGGGAAGCGGGCGACGACGACGACGACGGCGUCGGCGGUGAGCACGAGCCGAUCGGACGACUCCGGCGGGGUGCGCCCCGCGAGCAAGUCGACCGGGUCGACGUCGUCGCACCGGAGCAUCUCGUCGCUGUACGAGGAGCGGGGCCAUGGCCAGCUGCGGGACUUCGACUACGACGAGCUCCAGGCCGCCACCAAUGGGUUCAGCCGCGCCCAGAAGCUCGGCGAGGGCGGCUUCGGCAGCGUCUACAAGGGCUUCGUCCGCCCGCCCGACGGCAAGGGCGAUCGCCUCGCCGUCGCCGUCAAGUGCCUCAACCAGCGGGGUCUCCAGGGUCAUAAGCAGUGGUUGGCCGAAGUACAGUUCCUUGGGGUUCUUGAGCACCCAAACCUUGUAAAACUUCUUGGAUAUUGUGCUGUUGAUGGUGAAAGGGGGCCGCAAAGAUUGUUGGUGUACGAGUAUAUGCCUAAUAAGAGCCUGGAAGAUCACUUAUUUGUCCGAGCUUAUACUCCUCUCUCGUGGAAUAGAAGGCUUCAGAUAAUCUUGGGUGCUGCAGAAGGAUUAGCUUACCUGCAUGAAGGGUUAGAAGUUCAGGUAAUCUACCGGGACUUCAAAGCUUCUAACAUUUUAUUGGACAAAGACUUCAGAGCAAAGCUGUCAGACUUUGGGCUAGCAAGGGAGGGACCAACUGGAGCAAACACUCACGUCUCCACAGCGGUGGUUGGGACGCACGGGUACGCGGCGCCGGACUACAUAGAGACGGGGCACCUGACGGUGAAGAGCGACGUGUGGAGCUUCGGGGUGGUGCUGUACGAGAUCCUGACGGGGCGGCGGACGCUGGACCGGCACCGGCCGCCCGGGGAGCAGAAGCUGCUGGAGUGGGUCAGCCAGUUCGCCCCCGACAGCCGCAACUUCCGCAUGAUCAUGGACCCCAGGCUCCGCGGCGAGUACUCCGUCAAGGCCGCCAGGGAGAUCGCCAAGCUCGCCGAGAGCUGCCUCCUCAAGAACGCCAAGGAGCGCCCCACCAUGUCCGAGGUCGUCGACGUGCUCCGGCGGGCCGUGCAGGCGCAGCCCGACACGCCCACCGCCGCCGCCUCCGCCAAGGGGAAGAGGGUCGACGUGGCGGCGCCACCGCCGGCGGCGGCGAGGAGGAGGUGAACUGGCUGCCACAGAGAAGAAAAAGUACAGAGAAGAGAGGAUUUUUUUUUCUUGAUUUUGCGCAUGUUAACUUGGACAGUUUGUGCAUACAGAUUACAGAAACGAAUUGGUGGAUUAAUUCGUUGCAUUUUUAUUUUGUUUUCAUUUCUCUUUUGAGGCUUAUUUAGGAUGAGUAUAGCAUGAGAGUACAUUUGAUUGGUAGAUAAAUAUUUCAUUGAAAAUGUGACAGUAUCUAAUAUAUCUGCUUAGGUAAUGAGACUGAUUGAUUUGC